AUGGAGAAACCAGCUACGGAUGAAUGUCCGUACUGCGAUCGGUGUUUCAGCACAGGUGCAAGACAGUUGAAGUCCCAAGGCAGUGUUAAAACUGGUGGGACAUGUCUAGCACACAUGACAGUCUGCAAGGAUGGUACAGAAGUGAGAGUGAAUUACCAGAGUUCACACCUGGGGCACAAUUUUGAGUUGUGCCACACUACUUUGUCUACAACUGAAAAGGCGGGUAUUGCAGCAAAACUGCAAGAAGGCGUGACCAUGGACGCUGUCUUGGAUGGCAUACGCAACAACCUCGAUGGAACCCUUGACCGCAUACACCUGGCGACACGACAAGAUCUCCACAAUAUAAUGAGAGAUUUCAAAAUCACCUACAAUGAAAAGCUUCAUGAAAAUGAUUACAUCAGUGGUGAGCUGCUUGAUGAAAAAGAUUUCCUGCUUGUCAUUAUGAUGCCACCACAAGAGCAACUCCUAAAGGCCCUUGGCACUGACAGACUAUGCAUUGACGGCACUCAUGGGACUACAGGUAUUGAUAAGCUGCAAGCUCUACACAAGUUCUUAACUGAAGUUGCAAAGGGAUUCUCACCCUGUGUCUGUGUCAUCCCCAUAGGUUUCGACUUUGAACUUGUGACGCUCCUAUGUGUUGACGAGUUUGGCAGCGGGUUUCCUUGCGCUUUCUGCAUCACAAGUCGCACAGACUAUGUAGCCAUGAAGAUCUUCUUUGGUGCCAUAAAAGAAAGAACUGGAAUCCUGCACGUAAAUACCUUCAUGAGUGAUGAUGCACCAGCGUUUUACAAUGCCUGGAAAGACACCAUGGGAAAGGCUGACCGGCAACUACUAUGCACAUGGCAUGUGGAUAAAAACUGGAGAGAAAACAUCAGAAAGCAUGUAAAAGGCAAAGAAGCACAGGAGUUCACAUACAAGGCUUUGCGGACAUUAAUGGACGAAGCAGAUGAAGGCAGGUUCCAAGAGCUGUUGAAAGCCUUUCUUGAAGAGUGUGCAACUCAGCCGGCAAUGGAACUCUUUUUAAAGUACUUUACGCGCCACUAUGCUGGACGAACGAAUGUCUGGGCAGCUUGCUACCGCAUAGGGGCCGGGAUAAACACAAACAUGCGGCUUGAGGCACUGCAUAGGGUUCUCAAGUAUUGCUACCUUCAAGGGAAGCACAAUAAGAGGGUAGAUAGGCUCAUAUCAGCUCUCUUGAGACUUAUGAAAAACAAGCUGUUUGAUCGCUUGAUCAAGUUUUCUAAGAAUGUGCCCGGGGCACAAGUAAAGGAAAUCGUCAAACGGCAUGAAGCUGGUGUUCACAUUCCGCAAGAACACAUAUGUAAUGUUGGCACAUACCAAUGGUCAGUGAAGUCACAGUCUUCUGAGGGUGUGUCGUACACUGUGACACAGCAGCCAAACACUGACUGUACUUCAUCGACAUGCAGCUUCAGGUGUCCAAAAUGUGUCAUAUGUGUCCACAACUUUACUUGCACAUGUAUCGACAACACAGUGAGGCUUGGUCUUUGCAAGCAUAUCCACGCAGUUGCUGCCACUCUGAUGAACGCUGGACACCUGAAAGAAACUGUACUGCAACUGGAUGAACAGGUACGAUAUUGUGUGCAUUAUACGCUUUUACAAGGGUGUUGUGCAUGCAUGAUUUCAUUCACAUGA